UCAAGAUGGCGGACAGCCGAUAAGGUGUUGUGCAAUUACAGAAGAUAUCACUGUUGGGAGACGUUGCCUUCAUGUUACAUUUGCUGAGGAGAUCUGUCAGCAAAGGGAUAGGAGGACUAUACUUAUGUAGGAAUAACCACAGCUCCGCGGAAGAAUCUCGAUUGCAAUGGAACGAGGCCUAUUUUAAUGGCGUGACCGUGGAUUUGGACCAACUAGGAGAGCAGUGUAGCCCUGGAGACUUUUCUGUGAAGUUAAAGGAAAGUAUCCAGCAGUGGAGAAAAGAGAGGAAGAAGUCUGUGUGGAUGAAAGUUCCCAUCAUUCAGAGUUACUUAAUACCAGUGGCAUUUGAACAUGGCUUCAGGUACCACCAUGCAGUUGGAGACCAUGCCAUGCUGUUAAAAUGGCUUCCUAAGAGGGAGCACAAUAAAGUUCCACCUUAUGCUACACACCAAGUUGGAGUUUCAGGUCUUGUUCUUAAUAGUGAAAAAAAUGAAGUAUUGGUUGUUCAGGACAAGAACAUGCUGAAGAUUGGCCGGCACCUAAAAAGACCAGUUUGGAAAUUUCCAGGAGGGCUCUCAGAUGAAGGAGAAAGUAUCGAAGAAACAGCAGUUCGUGAAGUCUGGGAAGAGACUGGAAUCAGAGCAGAAUUCAAAUCCAUUCUGUUGUUUAGACAACAACAUGAAAUGAAGAAUGCUUUUGACAAGUCUGAUAUCUAUGUUGUGUGUAGAAUGGAACCAUUGAGCUUCGGCAUUAGUCAUUGUGAAGAUGAGAUUGCACAAUGUCAGUGGAUGGAACUUUCAACUCUCCUUAUGCACACAGACACCACUCCAUUGACAAAAUUAGCCGCAAGAUUAGCAAAACAUGGACUGAAGAAUGGAUUUGAAAGUGUUGACAUUGUGGCAAAUAGUAUGAGAUCUUGGGUGAAUCCAAGUCAAACUUUCAGUCUUUUUCAUAGAUAUAUGCCAAGCUAACAGUUGGAUGUCUUUUUACACAUUUUUUAUCUUUAUAAAGUUUCAUUUUGGGAAUUGGGUGAGACAGAUGUUGGCAAAUAUUGUUGAAUUUGUGCAAAUCAUUUUAUUUAAAUUCCAUCAAUUGUAUGUCUUAAAGCAGUUAAUAAGUGAAGUAUGUCUCAUUCAUUGGACAAUUAGACUUAUAAUACUCAUGAAUAUUCUAUUAUUAUUAAGUUUAGUAAGGAUGACACUUUUACACUAACACAUACUCUAGUAAAAUACCCAUUAAAAAAAUUGCUUACAGUUCAAUUGAUUCAUGUGUUUGCUUCAAUUACAAUCAUUCUAAGAAAUACUCUUUGUGGUGGCAAUAGGGAAGAAAUAUUCUCUGCAAUUGACAUGACACAAAAUCUUUAGCCCAGUCCAUAAAAACAAAAUGACAAGUAACAAUUGAUACUAAUUUUGAAAAUAACAAAUAACAUUGAUGGCUUAUCAAGCAUACAAUGUUAGGAUAUAAAUUAAAAUACCUUUUAUCUCUGAUAUCAAAUUGUGUUAUCGCAGUCUAAAAAAUUUGUUGUACAUAGAGUUAACAUAUAUGAUACUCUGUUGGAUAACAACUGAUUCAGAAAUGAUUUUUGAAAUGAAAGUGUUUUUUACUUUUUACUUUAAGGGAAUUGUGACUGUAUCUCUGUUAAAUGCCAUUCACAAAAAUUUAAUUUU